AUGGCUCAAGCCCACUGGCACUGCUACCCCUGGCUUGUUCUCCUCUGUGCAUGUGCCUGGAGUUACCCACAAGCUGGGUCCCUUGGAAGAGAAGAUGUGAGAAACUGUUCAAGCAACCCUCCGUUCCUGCCAGUUAGUGCGGUCAACACAACAAUGAGGCUUGCGGCCCUCCGCCAGCAGAUCCAGGCCUGGAAUCUCUCUGCCUACAUCAUCCCAGACACAGAUGCACACAUGAGCGAGUAUAUUGGCAAACAUGAUGAGAGGCGAACGUGGAUUUCAGGCUUCUCGGGGACCGCAGGUGUUGCUGUGGUGACCAUGAGGAAGGCAGCUCUCUGGACCGAUAGUCGCUACUGGACUCAGGCCGAGAGGCAGAUGGACUGCAACUGGGAACUCCAUAGGGAAGGUAACAUUCCUUCCUGGGUCCUUGCUGAAGUCCCUGCUGAAGGGCGAGUGGGCUUUGACCCCUUCCUCUUGUCUGUUGAUAACUGGGAGGAUAUUAAUCUGGAAAUCAAAGGCUCCAAAAGACACCUGGUAUCCGUUACAACCAACCUUGUGGACCUGGCAUGGGGGUCAGAGAGGCCCCCAUUGCCAAGCCAACCUAUUUAUGCCCUGCCAGAAGAAUUUACAGGGAGCACUUGGCAGGAAAAAGUAUCCACUAUCCGAAGCUACAUGAAGAACCAUACCACCCCUUCACCAACUGCUGUCCUUCUGUCAGCACUUGAUGAGACAGCCUGGCUCUUCAACCUUCGUAGCAGUGACAUCCCCUAUAACCCCUUCUUCUACUCCUACACGCUGCUCACGGACUCGUCUAUCAGGUUGUUUGUCAACAAGAGUCGCUUUAGCCUCGAGACCCUCCAAUACCUGAACACAAACUGCACAUCCUCCAUGUGUGUACAGCUUGAGGACUACAGUCAAGUUCGCGAGAGUGUGAAAGCCUAUGCCUCGGGCGAUGUGAUGAUCUUGAUUGGUAUCAGCUAUACCAACUAUGGGCUCUAUGAAGUCAUACCCAAGGAGAAACUCAUUAUAAACAUAUACUCCCCAGUAAUGGAAGUGAAGGCUGUGAAGAACAGCAAGGAGCAGGCCCUCCUGAAGGCCAGUCACGUGCGGGAUGCCGUGGUUGUGAUCCAGUACUUGGUCUGGUUGGAGAAGAACGUGCCCAAAGGCACAGUGGAUGAGUUUUCUGGGGCAGAAUACAUUGAUGACUUGCGAUGGAAAGAAAACUUCUCCUCUGGACCCAGUUUUGAAACCAUCUCUGCUAGUGGCCUGAAUGCUGCCCUGGCCCAUUACAGCCCAACCAAAGAGCUGCACAGCAAGCUGUCCUCAGAUGAGAUGUAUCUGGUGGAUUCCGGAGGGCAAUACUGGGAUGGGACCACAGAUAUCACCAGAACAGUACAUUGGGGAACCCCUACUGCCUUCCAAAAGGAGGCAUAUACACGUGUGCUGAUGGGAAACAUCGAUCUGUCCAGAAUCAUCUUUCCUGCUGCUACAUCAGGGAGACUGUUGGAUGUUUUAGCUCGAAAAGCCUUGUGGGAAGUUGGGCUCAGUUAUGGUCAUGGGACAGGUCAUGGCAUUGGCAACUUCCUCUGUGUGCAUGAGUGGCCAGUGGGAUUCCAGUCAAACAACAUCGCCAUGAACAAGGGCAUGUUCACUUCCAUUGAACCUGGAUACUACCAGGAUGGGGAGUUUGGAAUCCGUCUUGAAGAUGUGGCCCUUGUGGUAGAAGCAAAGACCAAGUACCCAGGGGACUACCUGACUUUUGAAGUGGUGUCCUUUGUACCCUAUGACCGAAACCUCAUCGAUGUCAGCCUGCUAUCCCCGGAGCAGCUCCAGUACCUGAAUCGCUAUUACCAGACCAUUCGCGAGAAGGUUGGCCCAGAACUGCAGCGUCGCCAGCUGCUGGAGGAGCUUGCAUGGCUGGAGGAGCACACAAAACCCCUAUCAGCCAUGGCCCCUCAUACCACCUCCUUGGCCUCUUUGUGGGUAGCCUCCACUCUUGCUAUCCUCAGCUGGAGUAACUAG